AAAAUGUCUACAGAAAUAGAAAAGGAUUUAGAACGUUGGGAAGAUGUUCGUCGAUUUACUGAGAUUGGUUCUUCCAAAUUUGCCCAUCCAGCUUUUGUUCCCGGCCCGGAGAAUCUUGAACGAGUAAGGAAAUGUCCAGUUUUGGUUGUUGGUGCUGGCGGGCUUGGAUGUGAAAUUUUGAAAAAUUUGGCCUUAUCAGGAUUUCGAAAUAUUGAAGUUAUUGAUAUGGACACAAUUGACCUUUCAAAUCUCAACAGACAAUUUUUGUUUCGAGAGCACGAUGUUGGCUUAUACAAAGCAGAAGUAGCUGCCGCAUUUGUUCGAAGACGUGUUAAAGGAUGUCGUCUUACUGCACAUAAUUGUAAAAUACAAGAUAAAGGACUUGAUUUUUAUGGACAAUUUUCAAUUAUAAUUUGUGGACUAGAUUCUAUUGAUGCUCGAAGAUGGUUAAAUGCUACAGUGUGUUCUCUAGUCGAAUUUGACGAAGAAAACAAGCCACGGCCAGGCACAAUUAUUCCACUUAUUGACGGCGGGACUGAAGGUUUUAGUGGAAGUGCCCGUGUAAUUUUGCCCUACCACACGCCUUGUAUUCAAUGUACAAUAAAUCUUUAUACACCACAGGUUAAUUACCCUCUAUGCACAAUUGCCCAUACCCCCAGAUUGCCUGAACAUUGUGUUGAAUAUGUUAAAGUUGUUUUAUGGGAUAAAUGUAAACCUUUUGGUGAAGGCGUUUCAUUGGAUGCAGACAAUCCCCAACACGUAGAAUGGACUUUUAGAAAAGCACAACAGCGGGCUAAUGAAUUUGAAAUUUUGGGUGUUGAUUUGCGUCUAACACAAGGAGUGUUGAAAAGAAUUAUUCCUGCUGUAGCUUCUACUAAUGCUGUUAUUGCUGGUUGUUGUGCACUUGAGGCGUUCAAAAUGGCUUCAAACGCUUCAAUUCCAAUGCAAAAUUACUUGAAUUUUGCAAAUGUUGAAGGAAUAUGCUUUAAUGUAGUACCUUUGGAAAGAGAUCCAGAUUGUUUUGUCUGUGGAACAAGUCAAACAUUAACAUAUCAUAUAGGUGCAGAACAAACUCUUGGAGAAUUUAUUGAACAGUUGAGGAAUAAAUUGUAA